AUGGGCAGCAGCACCAACAGCCUGCUGAGCCUGGAUUCAGACCUGACACGCUCGUCAGGGCCUGCGCUGCAGCUGCUUGCCGCCGCCGCCCCAGGGGCUGCGUCCCCGCCCGGGACCGAUCAGCAGCCGAUUGGUCAGCAGCAGCAGCAGCCGCAGCAGCCACAGGCGGGCGUGUGCUAUGUCCAGAUGUCGGGCUCGGCGGCCAGCCUGCAGCCGUGCAACAGCAGCGGCGGCGCCUUCUACGGCGCCGCGGCUGCUGCGUGGCCGGCGGGCGUCGGCGGCAGCCUGCUUUACCGCACCCAGUCAGAUCUCAGCGAGGCGGCCAGCAGCUCCAGCGCCCUGCUGCGCAACUUCCAGCCGCAGCCGCCGCCGUGCUACAGCCCGCCGCCGCUUAUUCCGUCGGGCCCCGUGCGCGCGUCGUCCUUCAUUCUGGGGCCCGGCAUGCCUUCGCCCUCGCUGCCGCGGGUGCGGACGUCGGUGGCGGCGCCCGAGGCGGCGGCGCCUGCUGGGCUUUCCGGCGGCGUCAGCAGCAGCGCGCCGGUGCCUGAACAGCAGCAGCAGCAGCAGCAGCAGCCUCGGGCCGGCAGCAGUGCGGGGCUGUGCGUGCGCGCGCCGGUGCUGGCGGCAGCCGCUGCGGCGUUCGGGGAGGCGGCCGCUGCAGGCUGGGCGCAGGUCCGGGGCGGCGCUGGCGGCGGGGCGCGCGCGAGCGGGCGCAGUGGCUUCGGCUUGCUCCGCACCCAGGCACCCGUGACGCCGGCGCUCCACUCGGUCUCGUCGGCGCCGGCUCUGCAGCGCCACGCGCCGGCCGCCGCUCGCGCCUCAGCGCUCGAUCGAAGCAUCGAUGCCGUGGCGCGCGCGGCUGGACGGCGCCAUCGCCGCCGCGCAGGCGGCCGGCCCUGA